UGGACAAGGAACAUAGAGCUAUAACAGCGACAAGAUUCAGUCCACACUCUUAUGAGGCCCUGAGAUGACGCUGAGAGGAGAUGCAGUAGGACCCGCAGGAGAUAAUGUAUGCAACCAAGGUGCCUACUGGAGCCCCAAGGAUGGGAAAAGAAUCAGAAAUUGCAAAGAUUAGUAUUUAUGUACGUGUAGUUGUCAAGCUACGUAGCAUCAUCAUCUCCACAAACUGCAAUCCAAAGCGACUGGCAUGGCCAUCAUGUUUGCAGAUAUCUGUUAAAAAUCCUGAGUCCCAGCCUUGCCUUUACAUGUAGCACCACUCAUUGUUCUAGUACUGUUUGCAUAUCAAUAUCAGUCCUUGAAUGGUUCUUGGCAUGUGAUGGCCUUGAAUGGCGUCAUUGUUUGCUGAGGAGAUGCUACGCAUGACAAUCUGUGCGAAAGAGGUUCUGAAGGGCAAAUUUCAGUCCAUGGGCAUACUUUUUUUUUCUCUUAAUUUAAGCGAGCAUCGGUGACAUGCAAGUACAGAUAGAGAAAGGAAGUUCUGUAUUUACAGAAAUGGAAUUUAUGUGAUUUUUAAUGCAACACAUAGAGAAGGAUAUGUGUUGCCUGCUAACGUGUGGUGGUGGUAUUUCCAUUGGAAUGGAUGGGGAUAAGUGAAAAAUCAAAAGGGCAUGGCAACUGGUGGGUUAGAACUGAACUGCGAGGAGCUUCAGAGACUAUGGAAGCUGGAGAAAACGUGUACAACACAGAUGUUCAACUGAGAGACUGCACAGCUACGGAAGUGGUAAACACCAGUGCUAGUAUAUGAAUGGAUUGAAGGUAACGUAGCAUUGCCUUCACCACAACUCUGCAAGUCAGUAGCAUGGCUAUCAAGCUUACAAAAUAUCAGUUCUUGUGUUCUUCCCGUGUUACUGCACUGCACCUAGGGAGGAGAGAACAUAACCUGCUUCCAUUCCCAUCUUAUCCAUGCUGCUCCAGUACAGCUAGCAGUUGUUCACAACAAAGUCAUCUCCUUUUAGUCUCAUCUGCAGGACCUAGAGGACAAACAUUACUUCCAUCUGAUUCCCGUUCUUCCUCUCCUCAUGGAAUCAGUGAUAAUGGCACAAGAAAGAAAGGGAGGAGGAGGAGAGCUAGAAAGAGGAAGGAUGCAGCAAAAAAUGAAGGAGAGUGUGUUCCAUCUUCAGAGGAAAUGUCCAUUAGGGUAAAUACACUUUAUGAAAGUGGUGACCCCCUUGGGAAGAAGGAGUUGGGCCGGUGUGUGGUACAAUGGCUAAAGCAGGGCAUGCACUCAAUGGCCACAAAAUUUGCUUCCACAGAAAUGCAGGACGAUGGAGCAGCAUUCUUACUGGAUGGUGGAUCAUCUGAAGGCAACCUUGGGUUUGUGAUGCUCGCACAGCCUUAUCUAUCGGCCAACCCCAUGCCCAUGGGACAGGAAGCACUCUGCCUCAAGGCCUCAACUCACUACCCCACCCUCUUUGACCACUUUCAGAGGGAACUCCGUGAUGUUCUUUUGCAACAACAGAACCAGGGUUUUAUUUCUGAUUGGCGCUCCACACAAUCUUGGAUGCUUCUGAAAGAAUUGGCUAACUCAGCUCAGCAUCGAGCAGCUGCCCGCAAACCUAAAGCUCCUAUUAUGCACAAUACUCUUGGCAUAAGCCUUGAUAAGACAAGGUUGAUGCAGACCAAAAUUGAAGACUUUGUCAAGAAAAUGUCGGACCUUCUACAUAUAGAACGAGAUGCAGAGCUGGAGUUUACACAAGAAGAACUGAAUGCCACCCCUAUGAUGGAUGGAAACUCAAAGCAGCCACUCAAACCAGUAGAGUACUUGGUGACCCACGGGCAGUCACAGCAAGAGCAGUGCGAUACCGUUUGCAAUUUGAAUGUUAUCAGCAGUUCAACUGGGUUGGAUGGCCAACAUCUGGUCCUAUUUAGAGUGAAAGGCAACCAUAGAUUGCCUCCAACCACACUCUCUCCUGGGGACAUGGUUUGUAUCAGGACAUGUGAUAACCGGGGUGAUGUUGCCACAUCUUGCAUGCAAGGCUUUAUCUAUAAUCUUGGUGAGGAUGGUUGUAGCAUUACUUUGACACUGAAAUCCCGCCGUGGUGAUCCUACCUUCUCCAAGCUUUUUGGGAAAAGUGUGCGGAUUGACAGGAUUCAGGCAUUGGCUGAUGCACUUACAUAUGAGCGAAAUUGUGAAGCACUGAUGCUUCUUCAAAGGAAAGGUUUACAGAAAAAUAAUUCUUCUAUUGGAGUAGUAGCCACUUUGUUUGGGGACAGGGAAGACAUGAUGAUGCUGGAGCAGAAUAGUCUGGCUGAUUGGGGAGAAUCAACAACACAUGAUGAUGAGCUAUUGGAAAGGCACAGCUAUGACUUUGAUGCCUCGCAGUCAAAAGCUAUAAAACUAGGCUUGAACAAGCAAAGGCCUGUCCUAAUAAUCCAAGGACCUCCUGGCACAGGGAAAACUGGUUUGCUUAGUUAUCUCAUUACAUGUGCUGUCCGACAGGGUGAACGCGUUCUUGUAACAGCUCCAAGCAAUGCAGCAGUUGAUAACAUGGUCGAGAAGUUGUCAGAUACUGGACUGAACACAGUACGUGUUGGAAAUCCUGCUAGGAUAUCUCCAUCUGUUGCUUCAAGGUCCUUGGGAGAGCUUGUAAACAGAAGGCUUAAGAAGUUCACAGAAGAGUUUGAGAGGAAAAAAUAUGACUUGAGAAAGGACUUGAAGCAUUGUAUACAGGAUGAUACUUUAGCUGCAGGUAUACGUCAACUAUUGAAACAGCUUGGGAAGAACUUUAAAAAGAAGGAAAAGGAAAUAAUCAGGGAGGUACUUUCAAAUGCUGAUGUCGUCCUAUCGACUAAUAUUGGGGCAGCUGACCCACUUGUGAGGACUGGUUGCUUUGACCUAGUUAUUAUUGAUGAAGCAGGACAAGCAAUUGAACCCUCAUGCUGGAUCCCUAUCUUGCAAGGAAAAAGAUGCAUUCUUGCUGGUGAUCAACGCCAGCUUGCACCUGUUAUAUUAUCAAGAGAGGCUAUGCAAGGUGGACUAGGAAUAUCUUUACUGGAAAGGGCUUCAUCAUUGCAUGAUGAACUACUGACAACGAAAUUAACAAUGCAAUACAGAAUGCAUGAUUCAAUAGCCAAUUGGGCAUCAAAUGAGAUGUAUGAUGGAUUGCUCAAAUCCUCCCCAUCCAUUGCUUCUCAUCUUCUUGCUGACAAUCCAUCUAUCAAGGAAACUUGGAUAACUCGGUGUGCCUUCCUUUUACUUGACACUCGAAUGCCAUAUGGAAGUUUAAAUAUUGACUGUGAGGAGCAUUUAGACCCUGCUGGUACUGGCUCUUUUUACAACAACGGCGAGGCAGAUGUAGUUUCACAGCAUGUUUUGAAUCUUGUACAAUGUGGUGUCUCUCCAACUGCGAUCGCUGUCCAGUCACCUUACAUUGCACAAGUACAAUUAUUACGAGACAGGCUAGAAGAUUAUCCAGAGGCUUCUGGUGUUGAGGUUUCAACUAUAGAUAGCUUCCAGGGGAGGCAGGCAGAUGCCGUGGUCAUAUCAAUGGUUCGUUCAAACUCCUUGGGAGCUGUAGGAUUCCUUGGCGACAGCCGGCGUAUGAAUGUGGCCAUCACAAGGGCACGCCGUCAUGUUGCAGUUGUUUGUGAUAGUUCUACAAUCUGUAACAAUGCUUUUCUGGCCAGACUCCUUCGCCAUAUCCGUAAGCACGGCCAAGUUAGACAUGUUGAACCUGGUUCCUAUGGCGGGGAUUCUGGUCUUGGCUUCAAUCCACCUGCCUUGCCGUCAAUCAGUUAGUUGUACAAUUGGAAGUGCAUCAGAUUUGCCUCUUAUUGAUUUCUCUACGUGUAUAUAUAUAACUACAGUUCUGCUAAAAUUGAGAGGUCCAUCAUGGUCCUGAUGACUGAGUCUGGCAGAUGUGGAAAUAUAACGUCAACUGAGGAUACAAUGUGAUUCAUGAUCUAACCAAGUUGUUAACUAUGCAUUUUCAAUCCAGAAGCAAAAACAUCAGUUUUGUGUCCUGUAAUGUGCUGCUUGCUGGUGAUGGGUUCCUUGUGAAUAUGAAUGUCUGUGUCAUUUGUAUAUUCCGCAACAGAUAUGUAAAACAGCUUGAAAUUUCACGAUUGAUUUUAUUAGAUAUGUUCAUUCUGCUUUCCAAUAUAAAAUAUUGUUUUAAAACUGGAUAUUCCUUGCAGAAUGGAUGCAUGACCA